AUGGCUGAAUUACAGGGUCGCAAGGUCUUCAAGGUCUUCAACCAGGACUUUGUCGUAAAUGAACAAUACACUGUCACCAAGGAACUGGGCCAGGGUGCAUAUGGUAUUGUCUGUUCUGCGACCAACGCCCAGACCGGCGAGGGCGUCGCCGUCAAGAAGGUCACCAACGUUUUCAGCAAAAAGAUUCUCGCCAAGCGAGCUCUGAGAGAAAUCAAGCUGCUCCAGCAUUUCCGGGGCCACCGCAAUAUUACAUGCCUUUACGAUAUGGACAUCCCCCGCCCGGACAACUUCAACGAAACAUAUCUCUAUGAGGAGUUGAUGGAGUGUGAUCUGGCGGCUAUCAUCCGUUCCGGACAGCCCUUGACUGAUGCGCAUUUCCAAUCUUUCAUCUACCAGAUCCUGUGUGGUCUGAAGUACAUUCACUCCGCCAAUGUGCUCCACCGUGACUUGAAACCCGGAAAUCUUCUCGUCAAUGCCGAUUGCGAGCUGAAGAUUUGUGACUUCGGUCUGGCCCGUGGUUUCUCCAUUGACCCAGAAGAGAACGCCGGUUAUAUGACCGAGUACGUCGCUACAAGAUGGUACCGUGCCCCGGAGAUCAUGUUGAGCUUCCAGAGCUACACCAAAGCUAUCGAUGUCUGGUCCGUCGGUUGUAUUCUGGCUGAGCUGCUCGGUGGCCGUCCCUUCUUCAAGGGCCGUGACUAUGUCGACCAGCUGAACCAGAUCCUGCACUACCUGGGUACACCAAACGAAGAGACCCUCUCCCGUAUCGGCUCCCCCCGUGCCCAGGAGUACGUGCGCAACCUCCCCUUCAUGCCCAAGGUUCCCUUCCAGCGUCUCUUCCCCAACGCCAACCCCGACGCCCUGGACCUCCUAGACCGCAUGUUGGCCUUUGACCCCUCCUCCCGUAUCUCUGUCGAGGAAGCUCUCGAGCACCCCUACCUGCACAUCUGGCACGACGCCUCCGACGAGCCCACAUGCCCCACCACCUUUGACUUCCACUUCGAGGUCGUCGAUGACGUCCAGGAUAUGCGCCAGAUGAUCCUUGAUGAGGUUGUUCGAUUCCGCGCCACUGUCCGUCAGCAGUCCCAGGCCCACGCUGCCCAACAGCAACAGAUGACCCAGCAAACUAACGUCCCCAUCCCGGAUCACCAGCAGGGCUCCUGGAAGACCGAGGACCCCAGGCCCCAGGAGGCUGCCGCUGGCGGUGGGCACCUGAAUGACCUUGAGUCCUCGCUGCAGCGCGGCAUGGAUGUGCACCACUGA